AUGGGGAACUGCACCAUAUUUAUAGUUUCGGGAAUUGUGACUUAUGGAAUGUUGAGUUCUGUUUUCACAAAAGAAAAUGGAAUAUCUCUUUGGCUAAAUCUUCUUUUGAUUUAUUUUUAUUUAAACAUUGCGAGGGUUUUGAUGCUUAUUUUCUUUUUGCCAAUUUUGAGAAGGACUGGAUACGGACUCAGCUGGAAAGAGGCUUUUCUGUCUUUGCAUGAAGCAGCAAUUUACACUUGGGUGGUUCCGAGUGAGGAGACAGGAGAAGAAGAAGAAGGAGAGGACGAGUCUCCUGCUGCUGCUGCUGCUGCUGCUGCUGCUGCUGCUGCUGCUGCUGCUGCUGCUGCUGGGGGCAGCAGCCACACUGUGGGGCUGAACAACAGCAGCAGCAAAGAAAUUAAUUUAAAUCCCAAUUACCAGCAGCUGCUGUCUCGCACUGACACUUUGCCUGGCUUUCGCCGCAGCGGCUCCCAAGCAGCAGCAGGUUCUCCAGUGGGCGCAGCAGCAACUGCAGCAGACACCCCAGCAGCAAAGGGCCGCGUGCUUUCGCCGCAGCGGCUGCAGUUCCAAGGCCUAAGCCCUGCUGCUGCUGCUGCUGCUGCUGCUGCCUCUCCUGCUGUUGCUGCUGCUGCUGCAUCUCCUGCUGCUGCUGCUGCUGGCAGCAGUUCUUACUUCUCCAGUAGAGGCCUUAGCGGCAAAUUCGAAGAGACUGAAGCUUUAGGAGACCAGACGGCUGUGUCUUCCUCCUCUGCUGCAGCAGCAGCAGCAGCAGCAGCUGCUGCUGCUGCUGCUGCUGCUGCUGCUGCUGGGGGCCUCGAGGCGCUGCCGUCAAGAGAAGAAGGACUUUUGAGGAAAAGAACAGAAGCAGAACAGGCAAGUCUUAAUUGUCAACGGCAAGCCCACCUGCUGGCAGCAAGGGGACAGGGGCUGAAGGCUUCUGGAUUUGAUCCGAAGUUUAACUUGAGAUUAAUUGAACAUGCAACAACAGACGCAGGAGACAGAGAGGAGCAGGGCCUUCGGCGCAGCAGCAGCAGCAGCAGCAGCAGCAGCAGCGGCAGCAGCAGCAGCAGCAGCAUCGACCUCCUCGAGGUCACCCUCCAGGGCACCGACCCCAACACCAGGGCCCCCCUCUACACUCUCACCUGCAAAGGGGCCUCGGCAGAAGCAGCAGCAGCAGCAGCAGCAGCAGCAGCAGCAGCAGCAGCAGACAAGAAAAAGGAGAACAAAAUUGUUAGUGCUUUCAACACUAUUAAGAGGGUUAUGGGCGGCGCGGCCCACAGCAGCAGCAGCAAGUCCGCAGCAGCAGCAGCAAACCAGCUCGAGCUCAAACGCAGCAGAACUGUGGGCCAUGCUGCUGCUGCUGCUGCUGCUGCAGCAGAGAAAAAGAAAGCAGCAGCAGCAGCAGCAAGAUUCUCCAAAAGCAAAACGGGCAUCGGCUUCUACACGCACCCCAACUCAGCAGCAGCAGCAGCAGCUGCUGCUGCUGCUGCAGCAGAGGCCUCAGCCGCAGGCGCUGCUGCUCCUGCUGCUGCUGCGGCGCACCCCGCGACUGCAGCAGCAGCAGCAGCAGCAGCAGCAGCAGCAGCAGCAGCAGCAGAAACCCCUGCUGCAGUGAACAUCAGUUUAAAUGGAGGACCUCUAGACCCUGAAACCCUAAACCCUAAGUUCAAAAGAGAAGAAGAAGCAAGGAGCUGUUUCGGCUGUUGUCCGGGAAGCCCCUGGGGGCCCCCCGGGGGGCCCCCCGAGGGGACGCGUCGGUGGCGUCUUCUUGCGGGUCUCGGAGGUCUUCUUUGUUUUGUCCAGUUAAUUUGA